AGGACGAAAAUAUGGCUUUUUUGCAAUGGCGGAGGUUUAACUUCUUUGACAAGGAAGCUGUCAAAGACCCAGAAACAGAUCAAAUAUUUAACCAGUUGAAGGAUACCAAUGUGUCGGUAUGUGAAAGUGGGCGUGGCCAGCUUGUGAUUGGCGACUUUGAGGGGAAUAUGUUCUUCAUUAACCGACAGCUUCAGGUGACAUCUUUCAAGGCGUAUGAAAUCCGUGUCUCUCAUCUUUACCAGAUGAAACAUCAGAAUAUUCUACUGUCAAUUGGAGAAGAUGAACAAGGCAUAAAUCCUCUGAUUAAAGUAUGGAAUCUUGACAAGAUGGAUCGAGGAAGUCCAGUUUGCACAAGAAUAACCAGGGCCAUUCCGGGUAACAAGCCAACUCCUGUGACCUGUGUGAGUGUUCAUGAGAAUCUGAAUUUCAUGGCUGUCGGUUUCGAGAAUGGUGCUGUCGUCGUGUACAAGGGAGAUGUCACUAGAGAAAGACACAGUAAAUCCAGGAUUGUGUAUGAAACCAACAAACCAAUAACGGGACUCACUUUCAAGACUGGAGGAAAAGAGGUCAUUCUGUUUAUUACAACCGAAGCGACUAUUUUAUCAGUUAACAUCACAGCUAAGGAUCAGAAGACAACUCUCGAGAACUUUGGUGUGAAACAGCGAUGUUCUGUGAUGUCUGAUGCGAGUCAAGAUAACCAGCUUGUGAUUGGACGACCAGAUGCCGUCUACUUCUACCAGCCAGAUGGGCGUGGCCCGUGUCUGGCGUUUGAGGGUGACAAGCUGCAGCUCCACUGGUUUCGAGGAUAUUUGGUCGUCGUUGGGAAGGACAGCAAACCAUUAUCACGGGCUCCAGUUCUUGCCAUUCAGGGCUUGGAGAUGAAUAUUGUUACAGUCUACGACAUUCAGAAUAAAUUCAUCGCCUACUCAGCACCCUACCCAGACGUCAUUGAUGUCAUGUGCGAGUGGGGAUCACUCUACAUACUUGCCGGAGACAGAAAGUUGUACCAGUUGCAGGAGAAAGAUACACAAACCAAACUGGAGAUGCUCUUCAAGAAGAAUAACUACACUCUGGCCAUCAGUUUGGCUAAGAGCCAGCAGUAUGACCAGGAUGGUCUGAUUGACAUCUUCACUCAAUACGGAGAUCACUUGUACAGCAAGGGCGAUCAUGACGGGGCGAUAGAUCAGUACAUUAAAACUAUAGGGAAGCUGGAGGCAUCCUACGUCAUUAGAAAGUUUUUGGAUGCUCAGCGAAUUCACAACCUGACAAAGUAUCUGCAGGCCCUGCACAAAGCCCAGAUGGCCACCGAAGAACACACAACACUCUUACUUAACUGUUAUACCAAGCUGAAGGAUGUCUCCAAACUGGAUGAAUUUAUUAUGACGAAGGACCGUGAGGUGGACUUCGAUGUUGAGACGGCCAUCAAGGUGUGUCGCAGCGCGGGUUACCACGACCACGCGCUGUCACUGGCGGAGAAACACCGGAAACAUGAGUGGUACCUCAAGAUACAGCUGGAGGACAUCUGCGACUUCGAGAAGGCCCUGCUCUACAUCGGCCGGCUGGAGUUCGUGGAGGCCGAGAUCAACAUCAAGAAGUACGGGAAGGUGCUGAUGAGCAAAGUCCCCAGACAGACGACUGAGCUUCUCAAACGACUGUGUACGGAUUUCAGACCGAUGGACAGCCCUUUGGUUGAUCAGUCAUCUUUGGAAGGUGGAAUCCAGCACAUCGAGAAGGCAAACGCGGAAGAGUUUAUUCACAUCUUCGUCAACAACUCAGCCAAACUGACGGAAUUCUUAGAACACAUGGUGGAGGUUCAGCCCAACUCGUCUUGUCUUGUGUAUAACACACUACUGGAGCUUUACCUACACGACCUCAUCCACAAAGAGGAGAUCGCUCUGCGAGUCGAGCAAGAAAGAAAGACACUGGAGUUGUUGAAAAGAACAGAUGCCCAGUACGACAUCGACCACGCACGGAUUCUCUGUCAGAUGAACAACUUCAAGGCCGGAAUACUUUACCUGUAUGAAAAAGCUCAACUAUACCAGCAGAUACUGCGAUACCACAUGGAACAUGACGAGUUCAUUCAUGUCAUUGAUACGUGCAAGAAAUUUGGUCAACAAGACCAGAGUCUGUGGGUUCAAGCCUUGUCGUACUUCGCCAAAAAAGAAGACAACUGUAAGACUCAACUCAUGGAAGUGCUGUCUCACAUUGACAAGAAGAACCUGUUGCCACCAUUGUUGGUUAUACAAACAUUAGCUCAUAAUUCCACAGCAACUCUUUCUGUUGUCAAGGAUUACAUAAUCCGCCGUCUUCAGCUAGAAAACGACCAGAUAGCAGAGGACGAGAGAUUAAUCACACAAUACAGAGAGGAUACGGAGAAGAAGAGAGCUCAGAUAGAAGAACUGAAAACAUCAGCCAAGAUAUUCCAGGCAUCAAAGUGCAACAUAUGUAACCACGGCCUAGAACUGCCCUCCGUACACUUUCUGUGUGAACCACAUUCAUACCAUCAACAUUGUUUUGAGAGUUACGCAGAGAACGACACAGAAUGCCCUGUAUGUGCUGCAGAAAACAGAAAAAUCAUGGACAUCAUCCGAGCACAAGAACAGACCAAAGACAUUCACGAGUAUUUCCACAAUCAGUUGGAGCGUUCACAAGAUGGCUUCUCUGUUGUUGCCGAUUACUUUGGUAGAGGUGUUUUUAACAAGUUGACCUUGAUCACCGACUCACCAACUCAUCAGAGAGCGCCACCUAGUGGAGCCGGGUCUCGCAGGGCGUAGACACGAAUAUGUUCUUCGUGCGACUGACAGCGAUUUCAUUCCAUAAAUUAUAACAUGACACAGACUGUCAAAAUGUAGAGACUUGUGAUGACAGUGAAGUCAGGGUGUUCAAUUUGGAGAUUUUUUAAUGUAAUUCGACAGAAUCAUAAAAAAUGUAAAACCGA